AUGAAGAACGGCAACACUGGGUAAUGUAAACAUGUUUUUUUUUCAGUGAUGUAAAAAAACUACUCUGUUGAUGUGAGUAGUUGUUACGGAUUUUUGCAUUUUGUUUUCUGUUUUGAUUAGCUUUUGUAGUAUGAUUUAUCAAAAAAUGUAAUCCAAAUAUAUCUAACAACGGUUUGUAUUCUAAGUUUCAUUUUAAGCAUAAAGCGUAAAUAAACAUGGCUGACACAGAAAACUUACAGCCUCGUCAGCCUCAGCACGUCUCUUCUGCUGAAAAUACAUCUCGUUCUGUCAAAAUGGACAAAAGCACAGCGCUGGCGAUAUUAGGAGUACUUAAAAAGUAUAAUUUAAAGGACACAGAGGAACUGCUCAAGAGGGAAGCCAACAUCCAGGAUGCGGACGGAUCAGGCGAAGUGGAGCAGAGCGACUCGGAGGUCAGCAACAUGCUGUCUGCGUACAAGAGCGAGGGAGACCCACAAGUGUAUGAAAGCGCCUACGUCGAGCUCAAGAAGUUCGUCGAAGGAGCACUCGACAUAUACAAGCACGAGUUGGGGAUGAUCCUGUACCCGGUGUUUGUACACAUGUACCUUGAGCUGGUGUACAACGGGCACGAAGAGCAGGCCAUCAGGUUCAUGGAGCGGUUUGGGCGCGACCAGGACGACUAUUACCAGGAGGACAUCAUGAGGCUGUCGCACAUCACCAAGAAGAACCACAUGAAGGGAAACGAGCUAUCUGAAACGUUCAGGUCGAACGAGUUCAUCAUCCGCAUGUCCCGCGACACUCUGUCGAUCCUGAAGCGGCACCUGCAGGAGAAGAAGCACAGCGUGCUGCUGAACAUCGUUCACGAGCGGCUGUACUUCGACAUGUACGAGGGAGUCGCCCGCAACAAGCAGCAGAUAGAGGCGACGGCCGGCUCCGUGGUGGGGGAAGCCACCAGGCAAGACAACAAGACGAAGGUGUACUACGGGCUGCUGAAGGAGCCGGACAUCCAGUACGUGCCCGCGGAGGAGGAGGAAGACGGGGACGUGGACGGCGCUGGGGACAAGCCGAAGAAGAAGAAGCAGCGCAAGGACCCGCUGUUCUCCAAGAAGACCAAGUCCGACCCGAACGCCCCUCCCGUGGACCGCAUGCCGCUGCCCGAACUCAAAGAUGCUGACAAGCUUGAGAAAGUCAAGGCGUUGCGGGAGGCGUCAAAGCGAGUGACUUUAGGCCCAGAUUCUCUCCCGUCCAUCUGCUUCUACACAUUGCUCAACUCUGCACAGAUCGUGACGUGCGCCGAGGUGGCCGAGGACUCGAGCCUUCUGGCGGUGGGCUUCAGCGACGCCAUCGUCAGGGUGUGGACGCUGCUGCCCCAGAAGCUGCGAGCCAUGAAGAGCGCGGAGCAGCUGCAGGACAUUGACCGAGAAGCAGUUGAUGUGUUGGUGCGGAUGAUGGACGACCGAACUGCUGAAGUAAGUCGCACGCUCUACGGCCACAGUGGUCCCGUCUAUCGAGUGGCGUUCAGCCCAGACAGGAGCCUGCUGCUGUCUUGCUCUGAAGAUGCCACAGUGCGGCUGUGGAGCCUGCUGACGUGGACGGCGCUGGUGUGCUACAAGGGCCACAUGUGCCCCGUGUGGGACGUGCGCUUCUCCCCGCACGGCUACUACUUCGUCACGGCGGGCCACGACAAGACGGCGCGCCUCUGGGCCACGGACCAACACCAGCCGCUGCGCAUCUUCGUGGGCCACUUCUCCGACGUGGACUGUGUUCAGUUCCACCCAAACUCCAACUACGUGGCAACAGGCUCUAGCGAUCGCAUCGUCCGCCUGUGGGACUGCGUCACGGGCAAUCCUGUACGUUGGAUGACCGGCCAUAAGGCCCCCGUCUACACGCUGAGCUUCUCGGUGGAGGGGCGGUUCCUGGCGUCGGCGGGCGCAGACUGCCGGGUGCUGGUGUGGGACCUGGCCCACGGCCACCUGCUCGCCGAGCUGACGGGGCACACGGGCACCAUUCACACGCUGGCCUUCAGUCGCGACGGGCACGUGCUCACCUCAGGCUCGCUCGACUGCACCAUCAAGCUGUGGGACUUCACGCGCCUCGCGGAGGAGGUCUCGCUCGAGGACGUGAACAUCUCCCACAACCCGGACAUCAAGAAGAACGGCUCGUACCUCCUGCGGUCCUACGCCACCAAGAACUCUGCCAUCCUGACUCUCCACUUCACUCGCAGGAACCUGCUGUUCGGAGUGGGCAUAUUCGACUCGUAACCGUUCCUCGUGUGUGUGUGCGCGUGCUGCGACGCAAAUGUACUAAAGAAGUAAAAGGACAUUUUAUUUAUAUUAAA